AUGAUGGCUGAAGAUGCAACAGCCGAUGCAACAAGGAGAUUAAAUGUUAAAAAACAGACGCUAGACGAUGCGUAUGCGGCACCGGCGAAUUUCUUAGAAAUUGACGUGGUAAACCCAAUAACAACGAUGGGUGCAGGAAAAAAACGCUACACCGAUUAUGAGGUUCGCAUGAGGACCAAUCUGCCCGUUUUCAAAGUGAAGGAGUCAAGUGUAAGACGGCGGUACAGUGACUUUGAAUGGCUUAGGAACGAGUUAGAAAGAGACAGCAAGAUUGUUGUCCCUCCACUGCCUGGAAAGGCAUUGAAGAGGCAGCUACCAUUCCGUGGUGAUGAUGGAAUUUUUGAAGAAGAAUUCAUUGAGGACCGCAGAAAAGGUCUGGAGGUGUUCAUCAACAAAAUAGCGGGUCACCCUUUGGCGCAGAACGAGAGGUGCCUUCAUAUGUUCCUACAGGAGCCGACCAUAGACAAGAACUACGUGCCCGGCAAGAUACGGAACACA